AUGGCCAUUCUUUUAAGUCAUCACAAGUUGUUGGUGUCUCUUUUGCUUACCUUUGUCCAAAUCCAAACCAAGGUAUUAUGCUACCAGUACAAAGUUGGAGAUCUAGAUGCAUGGGGCAUACCCACCUUAGCAAAUCCGCAAGUCUACGCCAAAUGGUCCAAGUAUCACAAUCUCACAAUUGGAGACUCGCUUUUGUUUUUAUACCCACCAAGCCAAGAUUCAGUGAUUCAAGUUACUAAGGAAUCCUACAAGAAGUGCAACCUUAAAGACCCAAUAUUGUAUAUGAACAAUGGCAACUCUUUGUUUAACAUUACAUCAAAUGGUGAUUUCUACUUCAUCAGUGGGGUGCCUGGUCAUUGCCAAAAAAAUCAGAAGCUUCAUGUAUCUGUGGGUGAAGUAGGAGGGAUUGAAAAUAUAGAUGCAGCACCGAGUCCAAGUUCAUUGCCUGCACAUGCACCCUCCUAUCCCACAGUAUUUGGCAACAUUCCUGUAUCUCCUUCUUCAUCAAACUCACCUCACCUUAGUUCAACCUUUCAAAUCCUCAUCAUUGGAUUCAUUAUGUGUGUACUGUUCUCUGCCUUAAUGUGAAGGCUGAAAUCUCCAUUGUUUUUUCUUUCUUUCUC